UUCUGCUUUUAAUUCCUUCGCUUUGGAUUAAAAAUAACGAAUUUAUACAACGAAAUUAAAACCACUGACGCCAUAUUUGAAGAUUCCGUCUCUAAAACGAACGUGUUAGCGGUGUUUUGUGACUGCUUACGCGGACUCCGCCUGUAGAAACCGUCAAACCUUCGAAAUAAGAGCUCAGUGUUUUCCGCGCUUUUUAUCGCUGCAAAAAUAGUUAGCUUUGGUCCGACAGAUCACCCGCUCUGCUCCGACACCUGCCGGGAGGAAUACCGGCUCCCUGCUGAAUCUAACGGCGUGAAAUGUUUCUAUAAACCGGCGCUGAGCAGAAAACAUCCUGCAGAGUCUGCAGAGAAAAGGAGGUGAAACUGACUGCGAAGCAGCACUGAAAUCAACCCAGAGGCAGCAGCAGCUAUGGCUCAGGUCGCCAACCACGGACGGCUGCUCCUGCAGCGCCUGCAUCAGCAACGUGAGAUGGACUUCCUGUGUGACAUCACCAUCAUGGUGAAAGAUGUGGAGUUCAGAGCUCACCGCAACAUUCUGGCAGCCUUCAGCGAUUAUUUCUCUGUCCAGGCUGAAAAGGGCGAAGAAUUCACGACUCUGGACCCGGAGAAGGUCAGCCGGUACUCUCUGGAGAAGCUUCUGGAGUUUGUUUACACCGGACAGAUGAAUGUCAGCAGCACCAGACAGGCUGCUGUGCGUCGAGCGGCUGUCUUCCUGGGGAUGUCUGAGGCCACAAAGUACCUGGUGAAAGUUCCUUGUUGGUCUGAAUCUGGUGAAACCUCCCAGUCCGACGUGGACAAAGAAGCAGAAGUCUCUCCUCCGAGCCCCAGCAGCCCAACUUCUCCGGUUCCUCUGUCCAUUGCCUCUGGUACCGCGGACAUACAUGAAGAGGGGGUGGAGGGGAAAGUCCACAAUUUCGACCCGCGGGACGGAGAUUUAGAAACGGGAGACGGGGGCGACGAUUGCACACCCACAACCCUGAAGAGUUCUGGACAAGGCCUGGGCAGGAAGAGAGGCAGAAGACCAAAGAGCUUCAGCGGUGAGCAGGUGGAGCAGAGCGGCUCAGGUGAAAGCGCCCCUAAGACCCAGAGCUACAGGGGCAGGGGGCGACCCAGAGGAAGUGGGAGGGGCAGAGGAAGGGGAGCCUUUAAAGCAGAUGAUUUGUCUGUAGGAGAUUCUGACACCAGCUUGAAGGACUUUGGAGACACCUCUGCAGAUUGGAGCCCCUCACGUGAGGACGAGCUCCCGAUUAAGAAACCCCGACUGAGCAGCGGUGAGGGAAGGAGAGGGAGAGGCCGCGGGAGGGCCAGAGGAAAAGGGAGAGGACGGGGUCGAGGCAGGAGGAAGGUUGAAGUUGAGGAGGAGGAGGAGGAGGAUGAGGAGGAGGAGAGUGGUGAGAUGGGAGCAGAUGAUGAGGGGGAGGCUGGGGAGCAGGAUCCUUCAGAAAUGGGUGAGAUGUCUCUGACGUGCAGCGAGUGCAACAAACUGUUUAAGGACGUGAGCAGCCUGCGGCGACAUGAGAAGAUCCACAAAGGGCUGAAGCCGUUCUCCUGCAUCUUCUGCUCCAAGACCUUCAGACAGGCCACACAGCUGAAAACACACCUGCGCAUUCACACAGGCGAGAAGCCGUUCACCUGCAGCGACUGCGACAAGUGUUUCGCCCAGAAGUGUCAGCUGGUCGCUCACCGCAGGAUGCACCACGGAGAGGAGAAGCCGUACACCUGCGAACGCUGCGGCUUCAAGUUCGCCACGUCGUCCAACUACAAGAUCCACAUCAGACUCCACAGCGGAGAAAAGCCGUACGUCUGCGACAUCUGCGGCCAGGCGUUCGCCCAGUCCAGCACGCUGACGUACCACAAGCGGCGCCACACCGGCGAGAAGCCGUACCAGUGCGACCUGUGCGGCAUGUCCUUCUCCGUGUCCUCCUCUCUGAUCGCCCACGCCAGAAAACACACAGGCGAGACUCCGUAUAAAUGUACACAGACAAAUUGUGACGCCAAAUUUGCGACGUCUUCUGAGCUCAAGAAGCACUUGAGGAGACUUCACCCCGAUGGAAACUCUGGUGUGCAGUGUCUGCUGUGUGGAAACCGGUUUGCCAGCGUGAAGAACAUGAUCAAACAUCAGGAGAAGGCUCACGCUGAUGAAGUGCGACAACACAAAGAAAGGGCGCGAGCCGUCGUCCUUCUUUCUUCCAGCCAUCCGGUGGCUUUCGUCCAGAGCAAACUCUCGCAGGAGACCAAGGGUUUGAUUUCCAUCCCAGAAGCCGAGCCGAACAACCCAGAACCUUCCACCCCGAACCCAAAAGCCACAGAACCAUCCACCGCCUCCUCUGAAGCCUCGCCUACCGAACCCGCUGACAUCAUCCAGGACUUCAAGACGGAGCCUGUCCACCACCCUCUGAGCACCGCGCAGCAAGUGACCUUUGAGGCCGACCAGGAGCAGACCAUCAACUCGGACACCCUCCACGCUCUGGUGGAGCAGCUGCGACCGGCGUCGUCGCCCGCCACGGGCCUGGAGCAGAUCAUCAUCAUCAAGACGGUGGACCCGGCUGAGACCGCGUCUCCUCAGCAGUGAGCCCGGAGACGGGCCGAACUUCUCCUUGGAAUAAAAUCAGACUUCACCUUCAGACUGAACUUUUCUUCCCACAUUGUCACAUUUCCAGACGAGUUCAUUUCUGACUUAAACCUAACAGGCGGGUCGGGUCGGCUGGAAUCCAGUCUGUCAGGCAUCGGGGCACUAAUAACAGUUUAACCUUUUACCAGGUGACCCAUAAAUUUGAUUAUUACCAGAUUAGCCCUGAGACAAAGUCCCUUUUUAUCCCAUUUAAAGAAUAUUAUGCUCAUUUAUUUACGCUUUUUUAUUAUUAUUCUUAUCAAAAGUACAACUUUACAGUUAGAACUGGAUCUUUUACAGUUAGUGUGUACAAAUUCUUUUUUAGAUGAUUUAGAUGUUUGAUUUGCAGAAUAAAGCACUCUGAUAUUUUUUUUGGUCCCUAACUAUAGAUUUGUAUGUUCAAUAUAUUUUUGGUGUAUAUAAAAGUUAGAAAAUGAUGAGAAAAGUCUUUCUGAAACAGUUCAGAGCUAAAAUAGGAUCUGUGGAUCAAAGAGUCUGUCUCGUGGUUCUUUGGCUUUAAUCUGGUUCAACUUUGGGGUUCCAAACUGUGAAGCUGCCGUUAAAUUUCCAAAACUUUGGCAAAUAUGAGACGAAAACAUAGAAGCAGUUUUUCUCCUUAAUGAUGAUGUCAUUAUUUUGAUUUUUCAAGAGCAAAAUCUGAGCCCUAAGUUAUAAAACAGCUUUUUUAAGACCCAGACGGGAUUUCAUGGCCCAGAAUGAAUCUAGGAAGAAUCGGCACCAAUAUCAGAUGGAUUUCAGUUUAUGUGCAGAGUUGUCACUCUUCAUCCUUCAACACAAACGCUUCCGAAUUACCUCCAUGCACUGAUCUAGGAAACGGGGCUUCCUAGGGCAACCAGGAAGCAUCGAAUCACAAGGCGAUACCGAAGUUCUGCAUCCUGUUGGAUCGUACUGGUCUGGUUUUAGGUGGGGAAAGUCAGUGCAUCCAGAAACUUCCUAGAGAUGUUGUGAUCAUGCAUCAGGAGAGGCAAAUGUUUGAUGUGCUUAAAGCUUCCUUCUAGCUACGUUUUCACGUUUUGUCUCUGAAAUGAUUAAAAGCUGCAGAAAAUGUUUUAUUCCAGGACUUCAGGGGUGUUCGUAUGUUUCACAGGCUGCAACUGGGAGGAAUUCACACAUUUCUGAACUUGUUUCUGCUUAAAACUAAAUAUUUAUUAAGACAUUUUUUAGAUGUUAGACAAACCAGAAGAGGGAAAUACUACAGUAUGUGUUUGUGCUUCGAGCUAAAUGUCCUAACUAUGAACCUCUUCAGUUAAACCCAGUAAACAUGAGCAGUUAAUCCAGUUUAUUUCCAUUAAUCGAGCUCAUUCUUCAUCCUCCUGCACCAGGCUACGCUGCGUUGAUUUCACAGCUUUAUUUUGGGGUGGAACAAGCAGCGCAUAGAGAAAUGUUUUGGGUCUCUUCAUUGGUCCACAGAUAGUGUAGUGAGUUAGAGCCCAGCGAAGUAGUUUUUCACAUCCACGUCUGAUUGUGGCUUCAUAGAUGGGCUGUUUUUUUAGUUUAGUUGGAAAACUGCUGCACACACAGCAUGAUUUUCCAGGUCGUGCUUUCUUUUAUUUGUAUUUUUGCAAAACAUCUGCAUUACUUGUACAGCUGUGAGGAAUAACUACACAUGUUGAGCAUAAAAAAAAAACAGCAAAAAAAAAUUAAUAAAUAAAAGCAAUGUGAAAUAAA